AUGGAAGCCCUGCGCGCUGGGCCACGGCAGCAUCCGGCCUCCAAUAUUCGCAAUGUUUGCAUCCUUGCCCACGUCGACCACGGCAAGACCUGCCUUUCUGAUCGCCUGUUGAGUAUCAAUGGGCUCAUCAGCGAGGCUUCAGCCGGAAAGGUUCGCUACCUGGAUUCUCGCGAGGAUGAGCAGAGGCGGCAAAUUACCAUCAAGGCAAGCGUAGUCUCGCUGUUUUUCAGGCGCCCAGACACCGGUUCAAAAAGUGCAGAGUUUGACAGAGCUCCGGGGUACUCUCUCUCAAGUUGCCCUACCCAACGUUGCUCUCGCGCGACUUCUGCGGCAGCUGGCGGUGUUUCAGCUUGUAGAAAUGAGCCACAGUCUCCUCAGUGCACAUCCGAUUCCCGACAGAAUGGAGGAACCUCGGUUCGGCCAGACGAAGCGAGGCCUGACGGCCCGGCCCGGCAAGUCCCCUGCUAUGUGGUGAAUAUAGUUGACUGCCCAGGGCAUGUCGACUUUGCCAGUGAGGUGUCGGCAGCCGUACGUCUCUGCGACGGCUGCCUCCUCCUCGUAGAUGCUGUUGAGGGGGUCGGUCCCCAGACAGUCGCCGCCCUCCAGCAGGCGUGGAACGAGAGAGUCGUCCCGCUUCUGGUUUUGACGAAAAUCGACAAGCUGAUUCAAAAGCUGUGUCUUACCCCUGGCGAGGCCUACUCUCACUGUCAAGCUAUUAUCGAGCAGGUCAAUGCACAUCUCCACCAGCACAUUCAUUCGGAGUUCAUCGCGGCAACGCCUACUUUUCCGGCGGUCGCCGGCGAGGAAGAGGAAACCUGCCCAGGUGCUGGCGCGACCUCCGCAAGUACUGGGAAGGGGGACAGAGAAAGCAAGAAGUGUAGCCGUGGAGGCGGUGAGGCUGCGCUGUUCGCGUGCCAAGGAGACCCAACAGGAGAGUUCGUCUACUUCCGGGGAAAUGUAGAGGAGAAACUCGAAUUCCAUCCGGCCCGAGGUAACGUCCUCUUCCUCUCUUCGCUUCAUGGAUGGUGCCUCCACCUCCCCUCCUUCGCCCGGCAGAACCUCCUGGGGCUGCUCCAGCUCCCUCCAGCUCUGCUCCCUCGCCUGCUGCCGGCGCUGUGGGGCGACUUCUACCUGAAACGGUCGAGGCCGGCUGCUGGGGCUGCGCAGAGUGGUUCCACUUCUCCCUCGUCUGCACCAGACAACCCCCGGACAGGGGGGGUGGGGUUCGAGAUUCGCAAGGCCCCCACGUUCGCCCGGCAGCCGCGAAUCGUCGAGCAGCUCGUCCUCGGGAACAUCUGGAAGGUCUACGAGGCGGCGGCGUCUCCGGUCCUCCCUGGAGCUUCGACAAGUGUUCCAGCGGGUGGCGAGAAGCUCGAGCGCUUGUGGAAGAUGGUCGAUGCCUUGGUGAUUCCUACUAACUCAAAGGCCUCAGUCAAGGCGGAACUCAGGCAGAUCGUCGCUGCUCAGUACCAGCUGCUCCAGGGCGGCCGAGGGGGAAGAGACAGAGGGAAGGGCCGCGAAGAAGAUGCGGCGGCCGCGGAGAAAGCGGACGAAGAAUUUACAGAGGACAUCGUCAAGGCCGUCAUGACGCGCUGGCUCCCUGUAGCGGAAACUGUGCUGGGGGUCCUCGUUGACCGAAUUCCGAAUCCGCUCUCUGCGGCCAGACAGCGACUGGCGUACCUCUGUCCGUCUUUUCAGCGGACUCUUGGCGGCCCUGUAGGCCCUCAACUUCUGCGACUGCAGCAGCAGCAGAUGAAGGCUUUCGCGACGAAGGCCGAGGCGCCGCCGGACGGCGAGGGGACAAUGGACAUUUCACCAUCACAGCGAGAGGCCGUGUCCUGCUCCUAUCAGCGGGCUGUGGGUCCUGGAGUCUGUUCCAGGAAGCCUCCUCUGGUGUUGUUGUAUGUAGCCAAGUUUCUCGCUGCAGAUCAGAAGAUGCUCAGACUCACGGGAGAUCGACUGCAAGGCGUAGAGCGCUUUAGCGGCUUCGUCGGUCUCUGCCGGGUCUUUGUCGGGACGCUUCGCCGCGGAGCUGUCCUCUUCGUGUGCGCGGAGAGUGUGGACGCACUCGAGCAGCCCGGGGAGCUCCGCUCUGGUCGGCCGUCCGGGCGUGGACACGCCGGCACAGAAGCAGAAGGGCGCGAGGCGUUUUCUGUCCGGCAGAUCUACGUCCUUUUCGGCCAAGACCUGAAGCCGAUCGAGGCGGCCGCAAGCGGCUCGGUCGUGGCUGUCAGUCUGCGCCCGCGCAAACAGAAAGUUGUGGCGCGCGGAGGCUGGGCCGCCACGGGAACACUGGCAGGCCGGCCCACUGCCUCGGAUGUAUGUGCAGCUGACGAGAGCGCCGGCGACGCCGCGGAUGACUCGAAGCCGGAGAAGAAGCCGUGCGAUGACUUUCUGGAAGCCGACCAAGACGCAGACACAGAGGAGAGCGACUCAUCUGACGAGGAAUCGGAGGAAUCUGUCCGGGACGUCACGGCCUGGCUACAGUCUCUCCGCGACCGAAAUCGACCUCUCCUCAUGCAGCACCAGGGGGGCUUUUUUUCCAGUCCCACAGGCCCUGACGCCUCUGGCUCGGGCCCAGGCUACGUCGCGGGCGUGACGAGCCUCCACCGCUGUGUGACGCUGAGCAGCUGGCCGGACUGUCCGUCGCUCCUCACGCCUUACUCGAAGGCAUCCUCGGCAAUUGUUCGCGUGGCCGUCGAGCCGCAGCGCCUGGAAGACGCCCAGCAGUUUGUCAAGGGAAUGGCACGCCUGUAUGUCGCAGACCCAUCCAUCAAACUCUCCGUCCUUGACAGUGGCGAGUUCCUCAUGGGCUGCUGCGGCGAGGUCCACCUGGAGACAUGUCUUCGGGACCUGCAGGGCCUCUACGCGGAAGUCCCCAUCACAGUUUCUCCCCCAAUGGUGGCCAUUCGCGAGACGUUGGCUCCGUUUUCCUCGCCUAACCGAAGCGGCGACCCGUCGGGCCCCGCAUCUUCCGGAGGGGUUUCGAGCCUCGCGUCUCACAAUGCCUCAAACGCGGCUUCGCUGAGCAUCCCGUUCCCGCCCUGGGCAAAGGCACCUCUGCCGACUCCCGGCAGCUCCGCAUCUGCCUCGCCUUUCUGUCUCUAUGGUGUGCCUGGCGUCAACUCCGACAGCAGUGCGUCCCUGGCCGCAACAGGCGGCUUCGCUGCUCAGCCUGCAGCCCCUCAGGGCGGAGCUCUGCCGCUCUCGCGCUCCACUGUGAAUGGUGUGGGAGCUUCGCCGUUCGCGCCAGCUUUCCCAGAAGGACAUGCGCUGUCCGCAUCGUCCCAGGAAAACGGUUUCAGUGGCUUCGCCAGUCUCGCCGGUGGCACGACAGGCGACAGGGAGGAAGCCGCGAGGCGAGGAGAACGCGAAGGCGAGAGGCUCGGAGCCGGCCGAUGCGCCGAAGACGCAAUUGGCGCUUGGCUGGCGAAACGCGCGGCAGAGCUCCAACCUCAGGGUGUUUACGCGUGGACCACGACCCACCAGCUAGGCAUUCUGCUGAGGGCGGAGCCGAUGCCUCCCGAGCUGACAACUUGGUUGACAGACGCGUCUCGAGAGAUCAACGCCGUGCUGAAAUCGCGUGUGGCAUCUCGGCGUUUCCUGCGCGAGCCCGAAGAUCUGCGGUCUCCCCCUGGGGACACUUCGCCGGCCAGUGGCGCGCCUCCAGAGAACGCAGGGGCCUCUGCGGACCCCUCCAGUCUCCUGCGAGAAGCGAUGGAGAACAUCGCGGCGGCGUUCCGCGCCGAGUGGGUCCAGGCGCGCUCGGCGCCUUCGCAGGACCCAGGUGAAGCCGCGGAGGCCCCCGCGGAGGCCCCGGCGGGGGGCGCCUCGCCCGCGAGCAGACGACGCGCGGGGACAGCGAGGGCCUCUCGGGGAGACAAUACGGGCCAUGAAGGCCUCGCGCCGUUCCCGGGCCACCUCUGGGGCCUCUCGCUCUCAGCAGGGUCUUGCAACGCUCUGCUCGCUUCCCACACCUGCCGCCUUCUAGUGCCCAGAGGGAGUGGCCCCGAACGAGAAGGGGACAAGGCGCCAGCACCCGGAGACAGUAGUCCCGGGGUCAAGCGAAACAGAGACUCAGACCCUGAGGGCCACGCCCUAGACGCAGCGCCUGGAGGCUCGCGAACCCCCGCCAGCGAGAGAGCUGCAGACGCCCUGCCUCCAGGGUGGCAUGAACUUCUUGACUUGGAGAAUUGGCAACUGGCCCAUUCGUAUGGAGCUGAUGCGUCCGCCUGGUCGUCGAGUUCGAGCGGCGCUGUGUUGAAGCGGAUCCUUCCCGCCCUCGUCUCAGGCUUCGAGCUCGCUUCACUCAGCGGCCCUUUGGCUGAAGAGCCAGUGCGAGGCGUCGCCUUCAUCGUCGAGGCUUUGGUUUACCGGAGUCCCCUCGGCUCUUCGGCCAGCGGGAGUGCUGCGCCGGCGCCUUUGUCAGCCCGCAAUGGAGGUGCGAGUCGACCUGGCUCGAUUUUUGACGCGGGAGAAAAAGAAGAGUUCUCCGAAGAGACAGGCAGCGUCGCUUCCCUCGACUCUUCAGCCUGUCGCACGCUCUUCUCUGCGAACUCUUCGAUACCCUACGGUCCGCUCUCCGGCCAAGUGAUGUCUAUGAUGAAGGAGGCUUGCAGGCGCGCGCUUCUGCAGCGAGGCCGGUGCCGCAUCUACGAGGCCAUGAUUCGUUUCACUGUGACGUGCGAACAGCGCGUCUUGGGAAAAGUGUACGGCGUUCUGUCGAGGCGAAGAAGCAAAAUCUACAAGGAGGGCCUGCUCGACGGUCAAACAUCGCUGUUCGUUGUCGACGGCUGUCUACCAACCUCGGAGGCAGUCGGCAUCGCGCGCGAGCUCCGCUCGAAGGCGUCAGGCCACGUUUCUCUCCAGAUGCAAUUUUCUCACUGGGAAGUCCUCGACGAUGACCCUUUUCCUGAGGCGUGCAUGACCGAAGAGGAACUUGAGGAAGAGGGUGUUGCGGGAAUCGCCGCCCUGGCCAGUCAAAGCUGCGCGAGGAAAAUCAUCAACUCCAUUCGGAAAACAAAGGGUCUGCCUACGGAAGAAAAGGUUGUGGCGGCAGCGGAGAAACAAAGGACUCUCACGAAGAACAAAUGA